AUGGAGCGCAAGGCGCGCUCGGCGCCGAUGCUGGAGAUCCUGGGGCGCCUGCCGCCCGAGCUCUUCCGCGUCGAGUUCUUCGGGGACGACACGAUCCUGAACCGGCCCGUGGAGGCCUGGCCGCGCUGCGACGCGCUCAUCGCCUUCUUCUCCAAGGGCUUCCCGCUGCAGAAGGCACAGGACUACGUGGCGCUGCGCCAGCCCGUGGUGGUCAACGACCUGGCCACGCAGUACGUGCUGCAGGACCGGCGCGAGGUCUACCGCGUGCUGCAGGAGCACGACGUGCCGACGCCGCGCCACGUCUUCGUGAGCCGCGACGGCUACGGCGGCCGCACGGAGCCGCCCGAGGUCGUGGAGGGCGACGACUUCAUCCAGGUGGACGGCGUGCGCAUCAACAAGCCGUUCGUGGAGAAGCCCGUAGACGGCGAGGACCACAACAUCCACAUCUACUACCCCAUGAGCGCCGGCGGGGGCUGCAAGCGCCUCUUCCGCAAGAUCGGCAACCGCUCGAGCGAGUACGACCCGCAGGUCAACACGGUGCGCUCCGGCUCGGGCUCGUACAUCUACGAGGAGUUCCUCUCCACGCAGGGAACGGACGUCAAGGUGUACACGGUGGGCCCGCACUACGCGCACGCUGAGGCGCGCAAGUCCCCCGUGCUGGACGGGCGCGUUGUGCGCGACGCGGACGGCAAGGAGGUGCGGUACCCCGUGAUGCUGUCCACCGAGGAGAAGCAGAUCGCGUACCGAGUGUGUCGCGCCUUCAAGCAGACCAUCUGCGGAUUCGACAUCUUGAGGGUGCGCGACGCCUCGUACGUGUGCGACGUGAACGGCUGGAGCUUUGUCAAGAACUCGGAGAAGUACUACGACGACUGCGGCAUCCUGCUGACGCAGUACCUGGAGCAGGCGCUGGCUGGGGGCACGAUGGUAGGCGACGACUUCGGCACGGACAGCUCGGCCUUCAGCUCUGUCACCUUCCGCUUCGCGCCUGAUGCGCCGCCCCCAAGCGCAGAGCUGUCGGAGCCCCCGACGGCGCACAGACACGCGAUGCUUCGCGGCCAGUCCUCGUCGAUCGCCGAGUCGGAAAUAUCGGAAGCCGACAGCAUCACGGACGGCAACGAAGACGGACUGUACCAAGAGGAGGAGCUUCGCUGCGUUCUGGCCGUGAUCCGACAUGGCGACCGCACGCCCAAGCAGAAGAUGAAGAUGAACGUCUGCCACCCGGCCUUCCUGCAGUUCUACGAGGAUCGACUGCGCGAAUCUCAGCAGGAGAACGGUGACGGAAAUGACUCCAAGAAGAAGAAGAAAAUGGAUCUGAAGAUUAAGGCCGUGGCGAACCUAGAGCGCCUGCUGCAGGUGAGCAAUAACCUGCUGCAGAAGUACGAGUCGCGCGACCCUGCGUUCAUGGACUUCCUCGAGCAGCGCGAGGUCAAGUUUGGGGAGGACGCGACGGACCGCGUCAAGGGAUAUCGCACACUGAGAGAUGUGCUGCAGCGCUGGCAGCUUGUGGGAAUCAACCGCAAGGUGCAGUUGAAGCCCAAAGAGUUUGUGGAUGUGCCUGUUGAAGGCGCGUUGGAGAAUGGUGAACAGCUGACGAGACGCCGCGUGAGCAAGUUGCUACUGAUCAUCAAGUGGGGAGGUGAUUUAACCCACACAGGCGAAGAGCAAGCCGAGCAUCUUGGCCAGAAGUUCCGACGCAUGAUGUACCCGGGCGGCGCUGGCGGUUUGAAUCGUCUUCACUCGACGUACCGCCACGACUUGAAGAUCUACACCAGUGAUGAAGGUCGUGUCCAGAAGACGGCAGCGUCCUUCGCUAAGGGGCUGCUGGAGCUCGAAGGUGACAUCAUUCCUAUCCUUGUUGGACUUGUGCUGAAGUCGAAGGACGCCGACUCGAUGCUGGACCAGUCUGGGUCUUCAGCCCAGGAAAUCAUCAUGCGGGUAAAGCAGCGUCUGCACAAGAUCAUCCACCGCGAGGACCAUUGCAGUCAAUUGAUUGACUCCAAUUCGCGGCUUAUUCGCUCUGUAGCCCUUGCGCUAACCAAGGUGGACCAACCGAUCAAGAAAAUGGGGAUCAUGCACAAGCUACUGAACUCGCUGAAGGAACAACUGACGCGGAUGAUCCAAGAGAAGGCGCAGUACCGCACAGAGAUCGACCGAUGGCAACAGAAGAAGGCUCAUGCUGGUCGGUUGAUCGCGCCCGCCAUGGGUCGGUCCGCGAGUGUGAACGAGCUGAACCAGCCGAGAAGCCGCCACGUGCAUUCCUACGCCCCCCGGAAGCAGCACAGCGAAGGCAGUAACAUUCCUAGCGACGCUGCCAACAGCAGCGUGGGCCUGCGCAAAAUGCGAGUACAAGAACCGCUGUCUCCUGAGGAGAUCAAGUACCCAGAGCCCUGUGGUCGUGAGACCCUCGAGGUGAUGCGCGAGCGGUGGGCAAAGCUGUACCGCGAUUUCUACGUUAAGAAGCGUGACACGUAUGACCUGUCCAAAAUUCCGGACAUCCACGACUGCAUCCGCUACGAUGCAGUCCACAACGCGCAUCUGAACUUGACCGACGUGCGCGAGCUCUUGGAGAUCUCCAGCGCGCUUUCACAUGCCCUCGUGCCGCAGGAAUACGGUAUCAACGUGGAUGAGAAGAUCUUCAUUGGGUCGGCGAUGUGUCGAACGCUGCUGUCGAAGAUUAACACCGAUUUGGAUCUGGCUCGCGGUCUUCGUCCCGAGCUUAUGAAGGACCACAACACCCAUCGCCUGAAUCCGUCGUACGCCAAGCAAAUCAAGUCCACGCACCGCUCAGUACGCACGCGCCUGUAUUUUACCAGCGAGUCGCAUUUGCACUCAUUAUUGAACGUCCUGCGCUACGGUCGGGAGGAAUGUACGGUGAAGAGUCCUAUUGGCGAGGAGUCUCGGAAGUGGAUCGAAGACAUUCCUGAACUUUGCUACAUGACGCACUUCGUGGUGCGGGUCUUCGAGAGGGUUCAGUACGCCCUUACGGAUCCUCAGCGCUUCCGUGUGGAGAUCUCUGUCUCUCCUGGAGCGGACCAAGACCCGCUGGUCUCCGACCCAGAGAAGCAGGUCGAAGUUGCACCGCUGAAGAUUAUUUCACGCGAGGGCCUCACGUGCCAGGAACUUGUUGACUACGUCGCCGACUGUAUCGACUUUGCCGAGCAGAACGAGAUCAAGGAGAUGAUCAGCCGCACGGUGGCGGCCAAAGGCAACGGCAGUCCCGAAAGCACGGCGGGCGGCAGCACCAACACCAGUGGGGACGUGACACCUGUGAAGCGCUCGAUGUACUCGCUCAGCAACAACAGCAGCGACAGCAACUUUAGCAGUGACAACUAG